AGCGGGCCCGGGGCUCAGCGGAGCUGAGGCGGUGGCGCCGGUCCUCCCGCCCCCUGGGGCCGCCCCCGCACCCUGCUCGCCGGCGUCUUGCUCUCAUGAUGAUGAAGAAAAAGAAGUUUAAGUUUAAGGUGGACUUCGAGCUCGAGGAGCUCUCCUCGGUGCCCUUCGUCAAUGGGGUCCUCUUCUGCAAGAUGCGGCUGCUGCACGGCGGCAGCUUCACCGCCGAGUCCUCCAGGGAGGUGGUGCAGGCAAACUGUGUUCACUGGAGAAAGAAGUUCUCAUUUAUGUGCAAAAUGAGUGCAAGUGCUGCCACGGGCAUCCUAGAUCCUUGUAUCUACAGAGUGUCUGUGAGGAAGGAACUAAAAGGUGGAAAAGCCUAUGCAAAGCUGGGCUUUGCAGAUCUAAACCUGGCAGAGUUUGCUGGAUCAGGAAAUACCACUCGUCGCUGUUUACUGGAAGGCUAUGAUACCAAAAAUACAAGACAAGAUAAUUCCAUUCUUAAAGUUUUGAUCAGUAUGCAGCUGAUGUCUGGUGACCCAUGUUUUAAAACGCCUCCUUCUACUUCAAUGUCUAUACCCAUUGCUGGUGAAUCUGAAUCUCUAGAAGAAGACAGAAAAGGUGGAGAAACCCUGAAAGUCCAUCUUGGAAUAGCAGAUCUUUCAGCAAAGAGUGCCUCUGUUCCAGAUGAACUUGGUGCCUGUGGACAUUCCAGAACCUCAAGCUAUGCAAGCCAGCAAUCAAAAGUAUCAGGCUAUAGCUCAUGUCACUCCCGGUCAUCCAGUUUCUCUGAGCUCUGCCACAGAAGAAAUACCUCCGUGGGAAGUACAUCAACAGGAAUUGAAAGCAUUCUAGAGCCAUGUGAUGAAAUUGAGCAAAAAAUAGCUGACCCAAAUCUUGAUGCAACCGAUAAAGAAGAUACAGCAUCAGAAAAACUCAACAGAUACCCAGUGAAACAAGAUUCUGUGGAAUCUCAACUGAAGCGAGUCGAUGCCACCAGAGUGGAUGCAGAUGACAUUGUGGAGAAGAUACUACAGAGUCAAGACUUCAGCCUAGAUUCCAGCACAGAAGAAGAAGGACUGAGGUUAUUUGUGGGUCCUGGGGGAAGUACAGCCUUUGGCAGUCAUCAUCUCCCAAACAGGGUGGGGUCUGGAGCUUAUGAACAAGUUGUGAUCAAACGCUAAAAGUCAAGCUGGUGAACUGAAGCUUCCCUGUGGAUUGAAGAUGUGGGCAAUUGAGCUGUCAAGGCACUUUAUUCAAGCACUUAGAAAGUGAACCUUUUAAGAAAUGAAAUGUGUUCAUCUAUCAAAAGAAAGCCAACGCUAAUUUCUUCUAUGAAAGUGCCCACCACCAAAUCUUUGCCACCCACCGAAAGGGCACACCUGAAGGGUAGAAUCAACGCAGUGUGCACGGUGUGUGCCUUAAAAGUAUCAGCUUCUGUUGGGCACUACACAUGAUAAUGAAGAGCCGACUUUUUCUUGCAAAACAUCCCGGUGGGGAAAAGAGCACUGUACAUCUGAGUAUAAUUUUCGUACUGAAGUAUAAUAUCUGUCAUAGAGGUGCUCAACAGAUUUGGGCUCUAAUUACAUGUUUUUUUAAAAAAAAUAUUUUAUGAUUGAAAGUAAGUGCAUAAAAUUUAAACCCUAUAAAUUCUGACAAAUAGUUACAAUUCCUGUUAAGGAAAUCUUCCUGUACUCACUACAGUAUCGUACUAAAUUUAACUUUUUUUGAUGUGAUAAUUGAUAUGAAUUGAUAUGUAGGUGUUCAUGCUUUGGGGAAAUGUUAUACUAAAAGUUAAACAUGUAAAAUGCUUAAUAACAAGUCAUAAAGUGUAUUUAAGUCUAAGGUAUGUGAAUGGAUGUCACGCCAUUAUUAUGCAAUAUGUAUUGUUACUUAUAGUUAGAUGAGCUGCAGAACCCCCACUAGCACCAUAUAAGAGAUUCAAAAUAAGCUUAAUAUUUAAUAUGUUAGGCAACCAUAGGCACCCUAACAUAAGAGUUGAACUCAUGGAAUAAUAAGAUCUGCUGAUUUCAGGAAUCAAAAUUUAGAACAGGAGAAACUUGUCUUCAGAGCAGCCUUUCCUAUGUAAAUUCAGAGUAUCUGAAACUGAAAAUCAUUUUGUGGGGCCAGUGGAUAGAAGACAGGACAGCUGCUUGGCAUCACCAACACCCACCUGUGGUUUUCUGUUUUAGCCCCCUAUGAUCAGAUACUAUGUUUUCUUCCUACUAUAUCAGAACUUAGUUGUGUUGAGGCAAGAAUAUACCAUAUAACAAAGUUUUUAAAAUAAAAAUGUCUGGUCUAGAUCCAGCUUACAGUUCAGCAGACAAACCUUAGAGUUUUUCUAUUCCUACGUGAUGGUUUCCAUGUCAAAGAUUUCGAGUUUCUUGGAAUCACUGAGUCACUGAAUCAAAACAGAUUGUGUAUAACCAGUAAUACUUAGUCCUUACUCUCAAAACCCUGUCCGAGAAAUGUAAUAUGUAAAAUUAGAAUUACUUUGGUCUACAUAUUUUCAUGUUGGCAAGAUAAGGGAGAAAUUAUUUUUAAGAAAAUAUUGUUUUAAUAUUCAAAGCUAGAGCCUUGAAAAAACUUGAGUAGCACAUUAGGGUUUUUUUGUUUUUGGUUUUUUUUUUAAUGUUUUGAGGAUUGAGUAUUCCACAUUAAUCCAAUAUGAUUUUUACAAAUAGAUUGUGAGAUUUUAAAAAAGGCAACACCCUAUUUUAAAAUAUUUUGAAUGUUGAAAGGGUUUUCUGAGUCAUUAUAGUUUUAUUCUUUAAAGAUUUGUUUUGAAGGAAAAAAAAAAACCCUGAGCUGAAGAUUUUAGUUUAACCAAGAGAACUGUUAAAUGGUAAAGACUUGCUGUUUGUGGAUAAACCAGUGGAGUCAUCCAUUCAUUAUAUAUUAUGGAAAAAUUAAGAUAAAGUUUAUAAUAGAGAUAUGAAAAUACUGUUUAGAGAUUUACUUUUUUUAAACGUAUUUUUCUAUUUUCCAAAUAUUAUUUCUACAGUGUAUUUUUAUUGGCACUUCUGCAAAUGAUUUUGCAGUUUAAAAAUGAUAAUUGAAAGUAGAUUAUAAGGUUCAGUGAGGCCAUUCAUCAGACACAUAAAAGGUGCUGUGAUCAGAGCAGGGCCCUAGUCUUACUCAUUCUUGGCUGCCCUUAGCCCCACACCUUCAUGCAAGACUGGCUGUCAGUAUUUAGAAUGAUACAGAAUUAUUU